AGACGUCUACACCCGUGAUCGUGCCCUCUACACCAUCCGCGACCACCAACGCUUCGACGAGUGGAACCAAUACACCCAAGGAGAAUGGGGUACCAUCUGAAGAGACGCUAGAGGACAAGACCGCGUUGGCUGACCAACUCAAGGAGAAUGGAAAUGUCGCUUUCAAAGCACGCAACUAUGAGGACGCGAUCAAGUUGUACACGGAGGCUAUCGCACCAUCGCAGGCGGCUUAUUAUGCAAACCGAGCGGCUGCCCUGAUCGCCACAAAGGACUUUCGAGCCGCGUUAAUAGACUGUCAGCAAGCGCGAACACUUCAACAGGACGCACCUCAAGUAAAAACACUAGUGAGACUGGCUCGAUGUCAACUCGCAAUCGGUUCGCCGGGGCCAGCGCUUUCUACGCUACGGGAGGCGCAGGCGCUUUCGACCGAGACCAAUCGAGAUUUAUGGAAUUUCAAGACGAAUGCGGAAACGAUGCAAAGGCAUUUAGAUUCUAUUGCGAAAGCGCGGGGGACGGGGGACUGGACCACGGCGAGUGCCGCUCUGGAAGCGGCCCGGAAAAUGUUGGAGGGCGACGCAAAGCACGCGCCGACGGAGUGGAGGUGUUGGUCUGUCGAGUUUCGGAUGGCGCGCAAGGAUUGGAAUGGGGCUACGGAUGCGAUCCGGGAUGCGUUACGGUACGAGGGUAACUCUCCGGACGUUCAUGCGUUACGGGGCAAGGUAUUGUUCCUCAUGAAUAAACCAUCGGAGGCGACGAGCAUACUUCGGCACGCGUUGACACUCGAUCCUGAGAAUGCGACGGCGAGAAAGAUGUUGAAACGGGUCAAGGAAUUGGAGAAAGUCAAGGAAGAGGGGAACACUGCCUUUAAGCGAAGUCAGUGGGAGGAUGCCGUUCUAAAGUACACUGAAGCUCUAAAAGUUGUGGGCGAGAGUCCUGAGGAGGGCGAGGGUGGAAUCAUUCGAGCCAUCCUCCUCAGUAACCGGGCCCUAGGCCUCAGCAAGAUGGCCACGGCUGAGAAAUAUGAGGAGGCCCUGUCGGAUCUGGAAUUGAGUCUACAGUUGUAUCCAGACAGCUGGAAGGCGGUCAGGACACGGGCGCGAAUUCGACUGGCCCAGGACGAUUUCGAGCAGGCCAUUGCCGAUUUCCGUGAGGCCCUGGAACUCGCAGAAGGCGGGGUGGGGAAUGAGGGUGCACAGUCUGAAUUGCAAGACGAGCUACGAAAGGCCGAAGUGCUUCUCAAGAGAUCCAAGGAAAAGGACUACUACA